GGCCCCGCCGGCCCCGCCAGGCCCGCCAGCCCCGCCAGCCCCGCGAUGGCUUGGGCCGCGCUCCUCGGCCUCCUGGCCGCGCUGUUGCUGCUGCUGCUACUGAGCCGUCGCCGCACGCGGCGACCCGGUGAGCCUCCCCUGGACCUGGGCAGCAUCCCCUGGUUGGGCCAUGCCUUGGACUUUGGAAAAGAUGCAGCCAGCUUCCUCACGAGGAUGAAGGAGAAGCACGGUGACAUCUUUACUAUACUGGUUGGGGGCAGGUAUGUCACCGUCCUCCUGGACCCACACUCCUACGACGCGGUGGUGUGGGAGCCUCGCACCAGGCUCGACUUCCAUGCCUAUGCCGUCUUCCUCAUGGAGAGGAUUUUUGAUGUGCAGCUUCCACAUUACAGCCCCAGUGAUGAAAAGGCCAGGAUGAAACCGACUCUCCUCCACAGAGAGCUCCAGGCGCUCACAGAAGCCAUGUAUACCAACCUCCACACAGUACUGUUAGGCGAUGCUACGGAAGCAGGCAGUGGCUGGCACGAGAUGGGUCUCCUCGACUUCUCCUACAGCUUCCUGCUCAGAGCCGGCUACCUGACUCUUUAUGGAAUUGAGGCGCUGCCACGCACCCAUCAAAGCCAGGCCCAGGACCGCGUCCACUCAGCUGAUGUCUUCCACACCUUUCGCCAGCUCGACCAGCUGCUCCCCAAACUGGCGCGUGGCUCCCUGUCAGUGGGGGACAAGGACCACAUGUGCAGUGUCAAAAGUCGCCUGUGGAAGCUGCUGUCCCCAGCCAGGCUGGCCACGCGGGCCCACCGGAGCAAAUGGCUGGAGAGUUACCUGCUGCACCUGGAGGAGAUGGGUGUGUCAGAGGAGAUGCAGGCACGGGCCCUGGUGCUGCAGCUGUGGGCCACACAGGGGAAUAUGGGUCCCGCUGCCUUCUGGCUCCUGCUCUUCCUUCUCAAGAAUCCUGAAGCCCUGGCUGCUGUCCGCGGAGAGCUCGAGAGUAUCCUUUGGCAAGCAGAGCAGCCUGUCUCGCAAAUGACCACCCUCCCACAGAAGGUUCUAGACAGCACACCUGUGCUCGACAGCGUGCUGAGUGAAAGCCUCAGGCUUACAGCUGCCCCCUUCAUCACCCGCGAGGUUGUGGUGGACCUGGCCAUGCCCAUGGCAGAUGGGCGAGAAUUCAACCUACGACGUGGUGACCGCCUCCUCCUCUUCCCCUUCCUGAGCCCCCAGAGAGACCCAGAAAUCUACACAGACCCAGAGGUAUUUAAAUACAACCGAUUCCUGAACCCUGACGGAUCAGAGAAGAAAGACUUUUACAAGGAUGGAAAACGGCUGAAGAAUUACAAUAUGCCCUGGGGGGCGGGGCACAAUCACUGCCUGGGGAGGAGUUACGCCAUCAACAGCAUCAAACAAUUUGUGUUCCUCGUGUUGGUGCACUUGGACCUGGAGCUGAUCAACGCAGAUGUGGAGAUCCCUGAGUUUGACCUCAGCAGGUAUGGCUUCGGUCUGAUGCAGCCGGAACACGACGUGCCCAUCCGCUACCGCAUCCGCCCAUGACACAGGG